AUGGAUGAUCAAUUACGAGCAAUUGGAGUUUUAAAAGAACCAAAUGUUCAAAAAAUUAGUAAAAAGAAAGUUAAACCUUGGAAAGAUAAAGAAUUUCAAGAUUAUUUUGGAAAGAAUUUUUUGUUUGUUGUGGACGCUGCUAAAACAGGAAAUAUUGGACGGUUUUUAAAUCAUUCUUGUGAACCUAAUUGUCAAAUACAGCAUUGCUUGGUUGAUACUCAUGAUUUGAGAUUUCCUUGGUGUGCUUUUUUCACGACAAAAUUUGUGAAAGCUGGACAGGAGAUUACAUGGGAUUAUAUGUAUGAAAUCGGGUCAGUUGCGAAUAAAGUUAUUUUAUGUUCUUGUGGUUCAAAUAAUUGUAGAGGCCGAUUACUUUGA